AAAGUGUCCGGACUGGAAGGGGGGGGAAAGUGUCCGGACUGGAAGGGGGGUGAAAGUGUCCGGACUGGAAGGGGGGGGGGGGAAGCGUCCGGACUGGAAGGGGGGGGAAAGCGUCCGGACUGGAAGGGGGGGGAAAGUGUCCGGACUGGAAGGGGGGGGGGAAAGCGUCCGGACUGGAAGGGGGGGGAAAGGUGUCUGGACUGGAAGGGGGUGAAAGUGUCCGGACUGGAAGGGGGUGAAAGUGUCCGGACUGGAAGGGGGGGGGAAAGUGUCCGGACUGGAAGGGGGGGAAAGUGUCCGGACUGGAAAGGGGGGAAAGUGUCCGGACUGGAAGGGGGGGAAAGUGUCCGGACUGGAAGGGGGGGAAAGUGUCCGGACUGGAAGGGGGGGAAAGUGUCCCGGACUGGAAAGGGGGGAAAGUGUCCGGACUGGAAGGGGGGGAAAGUGUCCGGACUGGAAGGGGGGGGAAAGUGUCCGGACUGGAAGGGGGGGAAAGUGUCCGGACUGGAAGGGGGGGGAAGUGUCCGGACUGGAAGGGGGGAAGUGUCCGGACUGGAAGGGGGGGAAGUGUCCGGACUGGAAGGGGGGGAAAGUGUCCGG